AUGAAGAUCAUUUGGGAAAGUAACGAUUGGCCUGGUUGCGUUGUUGAUUCUGGGAUAACUUGUUUGAAUUGGAUACCUAAUGGCAGUGAUGAAGAUACUGGCCUCCUGGCUACUGGCUCAGAAUCAGGAGCAGUUGGAGUUACGGCCACGGAAAUUUGUAUGUUACGAGAUGAUAAUAAAAGAAUAAAUUUCAAUUUACGUGGUCAUCACAGUACAGUAAAUAUAGUGGCAUGGAAUAAAGAGCACAUGAAAUUAGCUAGCUGCGAUAAUUCUGGAAUCAUUUAUGUUUGGGUUCUUAACGAUGAACGUUGGAGCGUGGAGUUAGUCAAUGAUAGGGGCAUAAAAGUCCGUGGUGUAAAUUGGAGUCCUAAUGGAUCAUCAGCAUUGAUUUGUUAUGAAGAUAAUUUUGUUUUAAUUGGUUCAGCUACGGGUCAACGAAUCUGGUCGAGCUCAUUUGCUACUACUGUUAAUUGCGGUAUUUGGACCCCUGAUUCACAUGAAAUCAUUUUAGGAUUUAAUAAUGGCACUAUCCAGGUGUUGAAUGAGCAAGGUGCUACAAUCACAGAAAGAGAAAUGUUUGCAAAUGGAAGUGUUCGGUUUUUGGCUGCUUCAUCUUUACGUAGUAAUGGUAGAUGGACCUUAGCUGUCUGUUCUUUAACGGGUCUUAUUAAUUUCUUGAAUUCAUAUGAUGAGAUUAAUUAUGUUAAAUGGCAGUGUAAUGAACCUCUUGUAAGCAUUCAGUGGAAUGCUAAUGGAACUCUGCUAGCUGCUGUUUGUAAGGGAAAUCAUUUUUUCUUCAUAACAUAUCAAGGAAAUAUUGUUUGUGACAGUCAUAUUUUGCAACCUUCUAUCACUGGUCUAAAUGCGUUCACAUGGGCUCAUGAUGACCGCUUCAUUAUUGCCACAUCAAGUAUUUCCAUGCAUAUUUCUAAUUUAGGUAAUUAUCUGGCUGUUGGACGAGUUUUGCAUGAUGUUCCUACGCUGUUCAAUUUAGUUACCUACAAAGUUUGGCAGCUCAUGGGUUCAUCUGCACAGCAUGUUGAUAAGCUUCCAUUACCAUCACAUGAACGGAGCGCAAUUCGUAGUUUGGAUCAUCAUUUAAUAAAAUGUCGUAUGCCAGCAAAAUCUGACCUGUUGACUAGGGUGUGUGAACCAUCAGACUGGCGAUGGUACUGUACAAUAAGACCAAUACCGAGUAAAAUUCAUACUUAUAUGUUAUGCAUGGAGCAUAUGGCAGGACUGAUUCCUGUUUUAAUUGGGAAGCAAACGAAUAGAAUCAUUCCACAGUUCCAAAUUUCCCUCUAUAAUUCUAGGUCGACAGUGGUAGCACCAGAUAAUGGAGGCUCCGCACAAGUUGAAGAUGUAGGAGCAUUUGUUCGACCGUCUACGCAGCGUAAUUCUGUUUGGAGGAGAAGUAAGCGGCAGUUAAGAGUUCUUAUGAAUCGUCAUGUUGCUCGUGCUACAAACAGAAGUACAGAUAAGUUAGUGCAGAUCAAUUCGAAUGUAUGGUGCACUCGAUUUAAAAUGAUAUCAAUCGCUACAAAUAUUCUUCCUCCUUUUCUUGCUCAAGUUGUUUACAAGACAUCAGUUCUUCAUUUGCAACCUCGUCAAAUGACUAUACAGUUAGCUGAUCUGACUAAGAAAUCUACUGGUUUUCGGACUACGGCUCACCGUUCAUCACCAGCUCGUUCCAGAGCUGGUACGCAAUUAAGUAACGACUACGGUUUUUCAGCUGGAAACAGUAUUUGCAAUGUUGUCAUCGUUCCAAGUGAUAGGGAGAAUCUAAUUAGGAGACGUAAUAUAUUAGUUGAUGAAGAACUUCUGAUCGAUGAAUCAACUGAAGAACCAUUAUCAGUAGAAGAGAAGAUACUAUUUCAAAGCAUCCUGUCAGAAUUCAAUGAUCUAAGGGCCGCAGUAGAGAAACAUAUAGCUAGGAUGAAAUGUUUUGCUCAUGAUCUUGAAAGGUCUUCGCAAAAGUUAGAUUCGUUCGGUACCAGUAUUAUUCCUACAACCAAUAUAUUGAAAUGUACUCCUAAAGUGUCAACAAAAGCACUUUCAAAGGAGGAAUGUGUGAUUGGUGCUAGUGGCCGAACACAAAUGAAUGAGCUCAGUCAUCUUGGGCCUUCUACAUCUAGUACUAAUUGGUCACAGCAGUAUGAUGAUAUUGAAUAUAUUGACGAAGAUGAUGCCGUUAUCAUACGCAACGCCACUGAACGUAGUCCGUUGAUUGAAUAUUUCAGAACCAACGAAACCUAUCGUAAAACACCAGGCGUAAGGCAGUUAAAUGAUAUAACAUCAGUUCUGGAUAAAUUAGCAAAGUUAGCAAGUGAUCUGACUACACGCUGUGCUGUAGGACAAUUGAGUAAUGAAAGAAGUUUAACUGUAAUGGAUUUACACGCUAUACCUCGUCGCUGUGCACAUAUUCCGAUGAUGGAGAGUUAUGCAACGGUAUCUUCAUUGAGAUCGCAGUUGAAAGAUAUUUCCAAAAAAGUUUCUCAAAUCGAGAAGAAGAUUACAUAUGGGGAUGAAUUACUUGAUGAAGUAUGCGGUGAUCUACAGCAGAGGAUACAGCACAUUAAAACAGUACUUGGUGAACGGCCUUCAUUAAGUGAUGAAACGAUUUCAUUCCUUACUAUGAACAAUAAAGCUCCAUUCUGGAAUGAAGCUAGUCAAGUUUAUCAGUUAUUCGCGGCUUUAUCUUUUGGCCGCGUUGAUCAGAUUGAUUCAGAACUCGAUUUUGGAGGUCGUGUAACUCAAGAAUCAGCAAAGAAUUUCCAGAUCGAAUAUGGUGAGAGACAGGUGAUGCAAUUUGGACGUAUUGAGAACGGUGCGUAUACACUUGAUUUUCGUGCGCCAUUCAGUGCUGUACAAGCAUUCGCUGUUGCUCUUGCAUCUAUUACUCAACGCCUCAAGUGA